CGCCAGCAGAGCUCCGGACGGGCCGGGCGGGUGGCCAUGGCGGGCGUAGAGGACGUACCGGGCCGACAGCCGGGACUGGACGAGGACGAGGCGGCGUACUGCCGGCGCUGGGGCGCGCAGCACGCCGGGGCCCGCGAGCUGGCCGCGCUCUAUUCGCCAGGCAAGCGCCUUCAGGAGUGGUGUUCCGUGACCCUGUGCUUCACCCUCAUUGCCCACAACCUGGUCCACCUCCUGCUGCUGGCCCGUUGGGAGCACACGCCCCUCGUCGUCCUAGGUGUUGUUGCAGGGGCUCUCAUUGCUGACUUCUUGUCUGGCCUGGUGCACUGGGGUGCAGACACAUGGGGCUCCGUGGAGCUGCCCAUCGUGGGGAAGGCUUUCAUCAGGCCCUUCCGGGAACAUCACAUUGACCCCACAGCCAUCACGAGGCAUGACUUCAUCGAGACCAAUGGUGACAACUGCCUGGUGACGCUGCUGCCUCUGCUGAACAUGGCCUACAAGUUCCGCACGCAGAACCCAGAAACCGUGGAGCAGGAGUACCCCUGGGAUUGCUUCGUCUUCUGCCUCACCAUCUUCGGCACCUUCACCAACCAGAUUCACAAGUGGUCGCACACGUACUUCGGGCUGCCGCGCUGGGUCACGCUGCUGCAGGACUGGCACGUGAUCCUGCCGCGGAAGCACCACCGCAUCCACCACGUGGCCCCGCACGAGACCUACUUCUGCAUCACCACAGGCUGGCUCAACUACCCCUUGGAGAAGAUAGGCUUCUGGCGGCGCCUGGAGGACCUCAUCCAGGGCCUGACGGGCGAGAAGCCUCGGGCGGAUGACAUGAAGUGGGCCCAGAAGAUCCAGUAGCUUCUCCAGCCUGCUGUCUGGUUGCCAACCGUUCUCAGCGAAGCAAAGCCAUCUGCCAAACUCAUGCUCCUCAAGCUGCCCCUCCUGAGAGAGAGGAGUCUCCUGGGCCGGGCCCAGGCCCCAGCACCCCCAGCCUACCCCUGUGACAGAAUACUUGAGCCACUUGAGUUUUCAAAUCUCAUUUUCUUCCUUGCUCCUCCCAGCCACCUGAGCUGCUCCGGAUGCCAAGCCUGACUGCAGAAAAGCCAGUCUAGGCCAGCCCCACCGGCUGCAGCCAUUCACGGCGGCCAGCAUGGGGGCCUGCAGCGAUCCAGGGAUCCCCCCCCCAGGACACUCAAGUGCCCCCCCAGUCGUUGCCUAGUCUUGGCCCUGCAAACUGACCCCAGAGGCCUGGGUGGGCGGACAGCAGAGCUUGGCAAAGGUCCAAGGGUGUCGACAGGGAGAGACCAGAAUCCCUUGGCCACAUCUGGACACCCUCUUCCCCUCACCUCCACUUCCUUCUGCCCACAUGCCCAGCUGGAUGUGAUGUUUCCAGUAUAAGGAUGACUUUGCAGGGCAUACCCUUGUGAAGGGGCUUGGUCAUCUGGGAAAGUCACUGUGUCCCUUCUGGCCAGUGUGUGUCAGAGAAGGAAGAGUAGGGCUUUUUUUUAUUUUGGGGAUUUUUUUUUUUAAAGGUGCUUGCUUGUUAAUGUAAAUAAUAGAAAGCCUUAAUAUCUUUUCUGUAACAUGGAGUAAUAUUUUAAUGUCAUGUUUUGGAUGUACAUAAUAUAUUUAUAACAAAGCAGCAAGAAUAUACUUAAUCCUGGCUGCCUCGUGUUUCCUGGCUGGCUAGGGUGAGGAAAGAGCCUGGGAUGGAGCCAUACCCCUUCCCAGCUUCCCAGUCCUGGCCUCCGGCUGGGACUUUGUUUCCCCAAGGUGGUGAAUUUCUUUCGAGACAAGGUCUCACGUAGCCCAGGCUUGUCCUCACAAACUCCAUAUGUAGCAAACUGCUGGCCUUGAACUUCUGGUCCUCCUGCUUUCAUCCCCAAAGUGCUGGGGUUACAGACCUGCCAAGCCACAGCCAGCCUACAGUGAACUAAGGAUGACUUGUGCACACUUGGGCAGGGGACCUGGAUCAAGUGGCCGUGACCUUGUGGUCUUUUGCACAGAUCAUGAUAGAACAGUGGUAGCUGGCUGUUGGAGAGUUUCUUCAGAAGAUGAAGGGGUUCCCCCUGUGUGCUACGCUCUGGCCUGGAUCCCGGGUGCAGCCAUGAACAGACCAGCAAGGAUCUGGCGGGUGGAGCUGACCUCUGGGGAAAGGCACAAUAAACCUAAAUAAAGGCACGUGGCAUUUCA